AUGGUAUCUCGUUCCGGCGAAGGGAAUGAGGGGUCACGCCCCCUCACCCCCUCUAGGACCCCCGGCACGCCGAUUAAGCCGCGAUUAGCACGAAUCGGCACCAGCCCAGCCAAGCGAGAAGAGAAACCAAGAGAGGAGAAAGUCACGAAGUCAUCGGCCAAGGAUGUGGCGGAGCUAAAGGACUUCCAAUUGGGCGACUGCUUGGGGAAAGGAGCCUUUGGAUCAGUCUAUCGCGCGUUGAAUUGGAAUACUGGAGAGACAGUCGCUGUGAAGCAAAUCAAGCUGACGGACCUCCCCAAGAGCGAGUUGCGUGUUAUCAUGCUGGAAAUCGACCUGCUGAAAAACCUUGAUCACGCGAAUAUUGUCAAGUACCAGGGAUUUGUGAAGUCUGCUGAAACUUUGAAUAUCAUCCUCGAAUACUGUGAGAAUGGCUCCCUGCACUCCAUCGCAAAGAAUUUUGGUCGUUUCCCGGAAAAUUUGGUUGGCUUGUAUAUGUCUCAGGUGCUACACGGCCUGCUGUACCUGCAUGAACAAGGGGUAAUCCAUCGUGAUAUCAAGGGCGCCAAUAUCCUAACUACCAAAGAAGGCCUCGUCAAACUUGCAGACUUUGGUGUGGCUAGCAGGACGACUGGCCCGAGUGAGUCGAGCGUGGUUGGUACUCCGUACUGGAUGGCACCCGAAGUCAUUGAACUCUCGGGAGCCACUACAGCCUCGGAUAUCUGGAGUUUGGGAUGCACAGUCAUUGAGCUUCUUGAAGGGAAACCUCCAUAUCACAACCUACAGCCCAUGCCGGCAUUGUUUCGCAUUGUCAAUGAUGACCAUCCUCCACUUCCUCAAGGUGCCUCACCGGCCGUGAAAGACUUUUUGAUGCAAUGCUUCCAGAAGGAUCCUAAUCUGCGUGUCUCGGCAAAAAAAUUACUCAAACACCCUUGGAUCGUCAAUGCUCGCCGAACAGAUUCCGUCGUACCAAAGAAAUUCACAGAGUACGAAGAGGCUGUAAAAAGUGUGCAGGAAUGGAACGAGGCCCUGCGGUCUCCUGGUGCAGGUACCUCGAGAAAGAGUAAUAAGUUUGAACACGGUGUAGGGCCCUUGUCGACACAGCGAAAUUCUCUCGUGGACACCUUGCCCUCUCCGACUGCCACCAAAGCUACUGAUCGGUUCCGUUCCCCGGAGUCCGCUGAAGAUGACAAUUGGGAUAACGACUUUGCAACCGCGAUAUCUCCUAGUGCAUUGCAGCUACCUCACCUUCGACCUCAUGAUAAUUUUGGCGGGAUGCUUUCCUCCGAACGACUUAAGGCCUUUGCGUCGCUUGAUGGCACAAUGUUGAGACCCGAUGACAGCUUUGACGAAUUCGAAGAUGCCACGAUGUCUUUAUCGGAAAAUGAUGCUCUACAGACAAUACGGCCUUAUUCAUCCAAGCCUUCGGCAGCUGAGCCUUCCAAAUCCAGCAUCCCUACCCGAAACCAAGCAAGCAAGCCUUCGGCCUCCGCUCUCCACAAUGUCCCCAUUUUGACACAGAAUCCGGUGCCACCAAUGAGGCGGGCACGUCCGGCUAAUCUUUACAAGGAAAAUUCUGUAGAGGAUUACACCGAUCUCAUCAUGGCCAACGAGGACGUUCUCGAUCGCAAACUUGGUCUCAUUCUUGAAGACGAUGACCCUGCUUCUCCGGUGCAUGAAAAUGGAUAUAAUGCGUUCCAUGAUGGCCGGAGUGGUCAACAUCCUCAGUUGCGAAAGCAGCUCUCUGUGAAGCGCGACCGGUCCACAAUUGAGAUCCACAAGUUUGCUGAAAAUGAGACUGAUGAGGAUUUCUCCGAUAUUCUCGGAGCCGAACAAGUGGGCUUGGAUACCGAGGAACGUGACGAUAGCUCGGAUCGUAGCACUCUGAUGCUCAACUCGAAAUUGUCCAAUAAUUCGUGGUUAGGGGAUCAAGAUGACGAUGACGAUCCAUUUGCUCAACUGGAAGAAGGAUUCGAUGAAAUGGACCUAGAGGCUAAUAUUGCGCGUGACAAGUACGCACGACUCCGAAAUCAAGUUGAGGGAUUGGUCGGCUCUUUGAAGACUUCACAAGAUGAAGAAGUCCUGGCAGAUAUCUCAGAGCAACUCCUUACGGAUUUCUGUGACCUGCCAGAGACCAAGAAUAUCAUCAUCAGCGCUCAUGGAAUGCUGCCAAUUCUAGAGAUCCUCGACACAUGCCGCCGACGAGAUAUCGUCAUCUGUCUGCUCCGCGUUGUCAAUGCCAUAAUCUACAAUGACUAUGAGGUCCAGGAGAAUUUGUGCUUCGUUGGCGGCAUUCCCAUUAUAAAUGAGUUUGCAUCCAAGAAGUACCCGCGCGAAAUUCGUCUAGAAGCUGCAGCCUUUGUGCAACAAAUGUAUCAAACAUCUACCCUUACACUUCAAAUGUUUGUUAGCGCUGGUGGACUCAAUGUUUUAGUUGAGUUUUUGGAGGAUGAUUACGAGGAUGAGCGCGAUCUUGUAUUGAUUGGCGUGAAUGGAAUUUGGAGCGUAUUUGAGUUGCAGGGCUCAACUCCGAAAAACGACUUCUGCAGAAUCCUGUCGCGCAACUCUGUUCUGGAUCCCCUUUCGCUCGUCCUCAGCCGUGUUUUGGACGAGGAAGGCGAGCUGGCGGAGAUCAUUGAAGGCCGCAUUGCCAACAUCUUCUUCAUCUUCUCGCAGGCCGAGAACCAUGUCAAAGAGAUGGUUUCAGAGCGAACAGUGCUGCACAGGGUUCUGAAGGAAUUAAGACGGAUGUCUCCUAUUCACCAGAUCACAAUGUUGAAGUUCAUCAAGAACCUCUCCAUGCUUUCGACUACCCUGGACUCACUCCAGAAUUCAAAUGCAAUUGAUGUCCUAACUGAAUUGCUUCGGUCAACUAUGAAGAGGGGGCAUUUCCGAGAGGUUUCGAACCAAAUCCUCAACACCAUCUACAACAUGUGCCGUCUGAACAAGUCCAGACAGGAGGAUGCUGCUUUAAAUGGCAUCGUUCCGUUGCUCCAGAAGAUUGUCAAUACUGAGAGGCCCUUGAAAGAAUUUGCUUUGCCCAUUCUUUGCGAUAUGGCACAGUCCGGCAAGGUUGGCCGUCGAGAGUUGUGGCGCAAUAAGGGUCUGGCCUUUUAUAUCUCACUACUUGAGGAUCCAUACUGGCAAGUGACUGCGCUCGAUGCCAUUUUCACAUGGUUACAAGAAGAGACUGCCAAGGUUGAGGAGCAUCUGUUAGACACUCGUCCGGAUAGGAACGCCUUUACCGACGCUAUCGUACGAUGCUUGACCCUUACCAAGGCAAACGCAUUCGAGAAUAUUCUCGACCCCCUACAAAAACUUCUUCGAUUGAGCCCUCCAGUAGCAUCAACAUUUGCUCGGCCGGAUCUGUUCACAAGACUAGGAGAAAAACUUCACCACAACAAGGCUGCCGUUCGGUUGAAUAUCUUGCGUAUCAUAUCGACUAUCUGCGAUUCAAGUGAGCAGCAAGGUGGUCUAAUUGCUACCUAUGGCCUACUGGAUGCCAUUCGCGAGCUUGAAAAUGAUCCCGCCAUUCUCGUCCGAGAUAUGGCAGGCAAACUCAUUCAAUCUAAUGAGCGGAGUGAUGCUUUCGCUGUCGGCAAACGCAGACCAGUCAGCCGCAGGAAAAGUCUCUCAACAACUCCACCCAAUCCAUUUUCUAGCUCCACACCCUCAACUCCUCAGGCAAACCGCACAAGUCAGCCAAGGGGAUAUUUUGAUGGUCGUGAAACCCCUCGCCAUCCACGCAAUGCCCUGAGUACUUCAUCCCUUGCUCUACGGCCUGGCAGUCGAGACGGCAAUGCAUCCUCCAUUGGCUCUGCAGUUAAUGGCAGUGCAGCCGCAGCACGACCCCGUAUCCCACGGGGGAUGUCCAACCGGCUUUCUUACAUUGACACCCUGCAAGACGAGGAUGGAAAAGCGCCCAGCUCUCUCAGCCGUCGACCUUCAGUGAUUCCUCGACGCCGUCGUCAGACGGCUGCCGAUUCCGAAUGGACAUAA